AUGAUGGUAUCAAUCUCCGCCGACACUGGGCUCAAGGUCUGUGUGGGUAAUGGUCGCGCGUCUUUUAGGAUCUUCUUUUUGAGCUCUUUUUUCCUCGCCGCAUCUUAUAAUGCUACAUUCGCAUUCGACCGCCCAGUUCAUACGGCCGUUCUGGUCUGCUUCCUCACCGGAGUCGUCUUCAUCACUCUGGGUAGGUUUGCGCCGGCAGCAUCUCGGGCAUUUUCGCCGAAGCCUCAAUGGAGUGCCGUACCCUCAUCCGACCAAUUUGAACUAUCGUCGUCGCCGCGGAGCUCGUCUGCAUCAUCUCCUAUCCUAGGUUUCAACGAACCUGUCCUACCGCGGACUCGCUUCUGGCUAUCCCGGUUUUGGUGGAGGGUCGGCCUGUUGUUGACUCUCUGUGGCUUGCGAGUUGAGCUGUUUCGCCGAGUUACUCUCCAUUCAGAGUGCGUGCCUGAUGGAUAUUCUUACGCCAUCCCGUUGAUAGUCUCAAUUUACGACUACUGGCGCAACCAAAGAUCCCAACCGCGGGAGGAGUAUGUACAUUUGCAACGGUUCCAAAGACUACCUGCCCAAUUGGCCUACUCUACGUGUCGACGAAGCUUCCACUUCGUGACGAAAAGCCGCGCUCGAGGAAUCAUCGCUGCAACCUUUCUCUCGAUUGCGGGCUAUCUAGUCUCUUCCUUGACAAGUGGUAGCCAGUCCACUUACGUUUGCCCGAUCAUUAUCCAUGCAGCAGCACGUCUUCGGGUCAUCAGAGUUCUUAGCACUUUGAUAGAUUCAAUCCUGCUAAUCGGGGUUGCCGAUUUAAGUCGCGCCGGUGCUGAUCACGAGGGACAGCGGAGAAAGCGAGCAUUGGUGUCACUGGGAGUGGGUCUCUUGGGCAUCGCUUUGGCUUGGAGUUUUAUCUCGUACCGGGUUACGAACAGUCGUCCUGAACACAGUGGCCAGCCAUUCUUAGAUGUGAAAUACUCACGCAGUGCUCUCGGCGAGGCUUUAUUGAUCGUGUUCUUGCUUGCGUCGGCUUCGCAGAUGUUGCCUCAUUACGGCAUUCUUGGUCUCUCGAUCUUUGGCAGUUUCGUAUUCAUUUACUUUGCCGCGACGUCGACCUUCCUUCUACAACAGAUGCCGUUCCCUUUUAUUUCAACGACUCAUGCCGUUCUCACUGUGGUGACAUCAUCUACCGGUGUCGUCCUCUUUCUUCUUGCGCGCAUCAUUUCCGAUGAAGAUUCAAAGUCGCUCUCUCGUGUGAACAUUACGCUUCAGAUACACCAAUUCGCGCACUUACACCCAAUCGACCUCCUCAUUCACAAAGGUUCCAAUCAUUUCGACGAAUACGUCGCCCAGGCUGGCUCCAGCAAAACUCUCGAAGAUGCUGUUCUGGAAUACCAAAAACGAUAUACACAGCUUCCGCCUCCUGGUUUCGACAAAUGGUGGGAAUACGCAACGAAUCGAUCCUCAUUAAUUAUCGACGAAUUUGAUCAGAUUCACAACGAUAUCCUUCCUUUCCGAGCUAUUCCUCCCGCGCAAAUCCGGGAUAUGACUCAGAAAUUGGCGACAAAUCCUUUCAACGACCUCGGGGCAAUCAGCAUUCGCAAUGGAAAACCGAAGGUCCAGGACGGCGUUAAGCCAACACAUGCAUGGAUGGUCAAGGGCGCUGCAGAUAUGAUCGAAAAUUUUUCCCAGUAUCUACCAGACAUGGACCUCGUCUUCAACUUGAAUGACGAGCCGAGAGUCGCGGUACCUUGGGAGAAGACCAUGCGGCUAAAGCGAGCGGCGAGGGCGCGUGAGCCUAUUGCCUCGGGAGCCGUGAUAGACCGCUGGUCUGCCAACAGAGAUCAAGGUUGGGGUUCUAUCGAGCCUGCUGAUCAGACCCACGAGACUGUCUUCACAGACGGUGCAUGGCGAGGUAUCUGGGAUCCAUACGUGAGCGCAGUCUGCCCUCCAUCGUCCAGGGCACGCACUCGACGCAUCUGGAACCGUCGUGACAUCUGCCUGGGCUGUGCAGAGCCUCAUACCAUGGGACAAUUCCCGUUAGAUUUUAAUCUGGCCUCUGAAAUUUGCCAUCAGCCCGAUUUGGCAUUCUUACACGGCCUGUUGAUCUCUCCAGCCUCGUUCAAGGUAUCCCAAGAGCUGAUCCCCGUCUUCAGUCAAAGCGCUCUCACAGGGUUCAACGACAUUCUCUACCCUAGUCCAUGGAACUACAUGGACAAAAUGAAGUACCAGCCGUCAAAAGAGUAUCCGGACCCGGCAUACGAGGAAAAGGAUAACUCCCUCUACUGGGUCGGAAGUACAUCCGAGGGAUACAGCCGCUUCAACGACUGGAAAGGCAUCCCUCGACAGCGCUUCGUUCAUCUCAUUAACAACAACACCGAAAACCAAGUAUCCGUCCUUCUCCCCGCCGGCCAAGGCCUCUACAAGUACGAAAUCAUGGACGGAACCGCACCCACCUCACGCCUCGACCUCCAAACCAACGUCCACCUCGCCGAUCCCAUCCAACGCUGCGAAGACUGCGACAUCCAGUACCAAGAGAUGGGCACCAUCUCUCACGUCGACUUCCAAUCCCACUGGUCACACCGCUUCCUCUUCGACCUUGACGGUGCAGGCUUCAGCGGACGAUUCCUCCCCUUCCUACAAAGCCACAGCCUCCCCUUGAGAACAGGCCUUUUCCGCCAAUGGUUCGACUCACGCGUCAUCUCAUGGUUCCACUUCAUCCCCGUCGAUAUCCGACUACACGGCCUGUGGAGCACAUUGGCUUAUUUCGCCGGCGUGCCGAACCAUGACGAUCCGCGCCAUCCGAUGCGCAUGCAGGCGCAUAGUGAACAGGGGGCGUGGAUUGCUGAGCAGGGACGGAAAUGGACGGAAGUUGCCUUGAGAAAGGAGGAUAUGGAGAUUUAUUUCUUCCGGCUUCUGCUUGAAUGGGGGCGUUUGACGGAUGAUAAUAGGGAUGUUCUUGCGUUUGCGCCGGCUCCAUGA